CCGAGAAAGAGAAGAGGGAGUCCCUCUGAGCUUCGCUGAUAUUCCCAACAAGCACUGCAGGGGAGAAAACUCUGUGUGUGAUAUACAACAAUACAAUAGGACAGUGUGUGCAUGUCUGCGUGCGUGAAGAGUCUUUAACAGUAGAACGCACACUCUCACACUCAUAAUCGGAGCUCUGCGCUUUGGUACAGCUGCGGGUCAGACAGCUGCCUUCACUGUCGUGCUGGAAAAGAAGAAAAGAGGGGAGGAAUCUCUGGUGUGAUCUCUUUUAUUUCUACCAGAAGGUGACAAGAAGAAGAAGAAGUAUUAGAAGUGGUAAAAGAAGACCGAGACAAACAUGUCCAACUCUCUGGUUAGAAGAAACUCCAGCAAACAGGGUUUACAAAACCUGAUGAGGCUGACCACUCAGAGGAGCAUCGAGGAUGCUGAGGAGGUGGAGCGGGAGCGUCGUCGGAGAGCUCGAGAGGCUCUACGUCGGAGGACCAAUGCCACAGAGUCUUCCCCAGAGGGCGAGACUCUGUCUGAAGAACAUGACAGCAGCCUGAAGCCAAGCGGUUCUCCAUCUCUAGAGGAGGACGAGGGCUUCAGCGACUGGACUCAGCGCAGGGAGAGGCAGAGGCAGCAGCGACUGCAAGAGCUCAGCCAGGGAGGCGAAGAGGACGAAGACGAAGAGGAGGACACAGUAAAAAAAGUCGUACCCGUGAAGACCGCCCAGGCCUCCAUCACAUCCUCUACCCGCCUCCAGAGGCAAGAGCAGGAAGACGCGGGCAGGGCCAGGGUGGAGAUGGAGAGGAGGAAGGAACGCGAGGAGGAGUUGAUGCGAGCUGAAAAGAUGAAGAGGGAGAAGGAGAGGGAGGAGGAGCAAAGGAAGAGGGAUGAAGUGAUUUCGAGGAGGAGGGAGGAAAUUCAAAAGCCAAUAGAGGCGGAGAAAAAGAAAGAGGUGAAAGUCUCCUACACAUCAAAGGUUUUCCUGCACCAAGAGCCAAAACCUAGCUCCUCCAACAGCAAUGUAUCCACUGAGGAAGUCACGUCACACACCAACAAGACAAUCAGACUCAGCAAUUUUAGCAGGGCCGUGGAGCCGGGGGAGGCAGAGGCCAUUCUGGAGACGGAGCAUCGUCUGGAGAAGAUCCGACGAGGCCUGCAGGAGAAAGAGAGCCAUGAGAUGGAGCAACUGAGACACCGACAGGCAGAGGCCGAGCAGGAGCUGGAGGAGCUGAAGAGGAGGAGAGAGGAGAGACGCAGAGUUCGUGAGGAAGAGGAGCGUCAGAGGGAGCUGGAGGAGCAGCAGCGCCUGGUCAAAGAGGAGGAGGAGAGGAGACGGAUGAAGGAAGAUAUCGAGAGGAGGAGGAUGGAGGCGGCAGAGAGGAUCAAGAGCCUUGGCACGUCCAGCGUAGACGGAGACGAGACCUUCAGUCCCUUCAGUCCCAAAGUUUCCACUCACAAGAUCACAGAAAGAACAGAGUCCCUGAACCGCUCGCUGAAAAAAAGUAACAGCUUUAAGAAGACGCAGCCACUCGGCCUGCUGCCCAAGAUCGACGAUAAGCUGGAGCAGUACGCUCACGCUGUGGAGAACUCUCAGGAUGCCCGGGCACUGAAGACAUCAUUGACUGACCUGCCCAACUCACCUGAGGUCGUCACAUCCAAGAAGAACCUGUUUGAGGCAGGAGAGGCCUGGAGCCAGAGUCCCAGCAAGGGAGCCAGCUGCAAGGACACAGAGGGUCUGAAGGUGGGCGUGGCCAGUCUCAUCACUCAGUGGGUGAAGGGCCCGUCGGACGGCAGCAGCAGACAGUCGCCCUGCAGACCAGCUGAUGUGAAGCCUGGAGAUGUGAUGCAGAAGAAGAACAUGUGGGAGAUCAUUGGAGACCCAUCAGGGAAGCCUGGGCAACGAGUCAAAGGAUCUGCAGCUGGUAAAAAGUACAAAUUUGUUGUGACUGGUCACGGCAAAUAUGAGAAGAUUCCUGUGAAUGAUGAGAAUGGAGGAGAGUUCACUAAUGGAAAGUCUGAUUCAUGCAAUGGUGAUUACUGAGCCAGUGCCCUUUCCAUCCUUGAUCUUACAACAUGUGCAUGUGAUGAAGACAUCCAACAAAAACAGUUCCGCAGCAUUUACAGUCUCAGUAUUUGAUUUAUAUCAGAUAAAUCCUCUUUUCUAGGCCUCACAGCUUAACACAUACAAACCAUCAGCUCAAAUCUAAAAGAGUCAAUCAAUAAAUGUUUAUAGUUUUCAUCUUUGCAUUUUCAUGCAUUUUGUUUCAGUAUAAUGUAUAUAUCUGUCUGUGAACUGUUUCUGUUUUCUUCUCUACUAUAGUGAAAUGAUAAAUCAUUUCUAAUGUCGAACAGAUCCUUAUGUGAUUGUGUUUUGGGAAACUUGUCAGAUUUUUUUUUCAAUAGGAUGUGUACAUUUUGCAAUCAUGUAGAAUGAAUAGAAACCACUGUUCUGCUCUGACAGAUCAAUUGGGGCAUAUCAAUUUCAAAAGUCUGUGCUUAGGAGAGACAUGCAACAAAACUGUUAAUUCUGAUGACAUACACCUAUAUGUUAUGGCUCACAUGGUACAGCUAAUUUGAUCUGGAAUCUUCUUGAAGCACAUACCUGAUUGAUACAACUCACUUCUAUUUUUGUGUUUAUGUUUUAGUUUAACCCACUGGUGCAUUCAACUACUACCACAAGCAAUCUUCACCUUUAUCUCCUUUUACAGAUAUAUUGGCUUGUAUGUGUUUAUACCUGCUUUUUUGGAAUAAAUUAAAAUCUUUUUCUAUUUUA